AUGCCAACCUACCUUCGUGGAAGCCAGCCACCUCGCGCCGGAUUAGACCACAACAGUCUCCGUCACCUCGGCCUCCCCUCCGCCGUCAAAGUAUUGUUGCCUGCAAAAGAGCCCAGCUGUACCAACACACUCUCGUCUCGAAGAAACCAAACGAUAGACGUUAUCGUGCCGCUAGAGGACUCGACCAAAGCUCACUCCGAUGGGCUGACUCUAGACCUGGAGGCGAUGUGUGGAUCCAAGGGAAAACUCUUAAGGCCCAAUGAAAUUUCGGCCCAUAACAACGAGCCCCCGUCUUCAGGUGGUGAAGUUCGCAUUGAGAGAAGCCGAAAGGACGCUAAGCGUAAUGAAUGGACCAAUCGACUUGACUUUCUCUUCUCCAUUAUUGGGUUUUCUGUA